GUUGCCUACAUCGGGGACAUUGCCCUGACGGAAGAGGACCUGCUGAUGUUCACUGGCGCCAACAACCUCCAGGCCCUCAAGCGAAACAAGCAGAAUCAAAUCGAGAAACGUGUUGACAGCAACCAAACGAACGCCCGCCGACAGGUGCGAAGAAAUAAAAAAACAAGAGAUCAUCUUGCUGGCAGAAAUCAUGUGGUUAAGACGAGAAAGAAGAACUUUAGAAAUGAUACCAAAAAAGCCAAAAGGAAAAAACUGUCAAAGAAAAGAAACCGCAGUCAAAACAAUAAACAAGCGUCUUAUUCUCAAAUGAACCAUCUGAGAACAGUUAGAAAGAAGAGCGGGAAACAAGGGAAGCAGGUUAAUAAAGAAGGCAAGUUGAAAAGCAAAAAUGAAUUGAGUAAAGCGAAACAACCGCCAACAAAGAAGUCUUCAAAUUCAACAAACAUCAAGCAAACCUCCACUCCACUACAAUACAAACGAAUAAUUCAUAAUUCUUUUGGAAGAAAUAAAAAUUAUUUUACUCAUAAAAAAAAGAAAACCUCUGCUGAAGAUGAGGACGAUGAAAAGAUGUUGGAUGAUGAUGGAAAUGUGGUGAAGAGGAGGGGGAAGAGGGCAGCCACUGCGAAGUACGACCGACUCUGGGAUUAUGGAGUGAUUCCAUAUGAAAUCGAAGCCAAUUUCAGCGGAGCCCACAAGACCCUCUUCAUCCAGGCGAUGAAACACUGGGAGAACCACACUUGCAUCACCUUCGUUGAGAGGACCGCCACAGACGCCAGUUACAUCCUCUUCACCGAGAAGCCGUGCGGAAAGGAACAGGACCCCAGGCCAUCUCCAUCGGGAAGAAUUGACAAGUUUGGGAUCGUGGUGCAUGAGUUGGGCCACGUCAUCGGGUUCUGGCGCAAGCACACGCGACCCGAUAGAGAGACACACGUGCAAAUUGUGUUUAAAAAUAUCCUCCCAGGCCAAGAGUACAACUUCAACACGCUGACUCACAGCGAGGUGAACAGUUUGAACGAGGAAUAUGACUACUUGAGCAUCAUGCACUACGCUAGGAACACAUUCUCCAAAGCCGUUCACCUGGACACCAUCACGCCGCUCGUCUACCAAGACAUCAGACCCGAGAUCGGUCAACGUAUCGAAUUGAGUCCUGGAGAUAUUGUCCAGGCUAACAAAUUAUAUAACUGCCCAAAAUUAAUUAAAUGCACAGAAUGUGGAGACACUUUUCUGGAAGCCAGUGGAACAUUCGGCUAUCCAUGGAACGCGAAGAGGUACAUGCGGUUUAUAGACACGAACGCAGUUUGCGCCUGGAGGAUAGCAGGAUCGCACGGGGAGAAGAUCGUCCUGAACAUCACGUCGUUCGACAUUCCUGAGAACCCCAACUGCUCAACUGACGUCUUGGAGAUUAGAGAUGGACAUUGGGUCAAAUCACCUCUCAUGGAUAGACUGUGUGGUUUGAAGUUACGUCUGCCCUACCAGCUGAUAUCCAGCGACAGUCGCAUGUGGAUUGAGUACCGUCGAACCCUGAGAAGUUUGCACGCCAGGGGGUUCACCGCUCGUUAUGAAGCUGUUUGCGACGGGAAGAUAGCAAAGGACUCGGGCCUCCUGACUAGCCCCCAUUAUCCUGACUCCUACGAAAUCAACAAAAAAUGCACCUGGCACAUCGUCGUCCCUCAUGGAUACACCGUGGCCCUCAAGUUUCAAUCCUUCGAGAUCGAGCACCACGACAAGUGCGUGUAUGACUACGUGGAGCUGAGGGACGGUGACGUUGAGAUGUCCCCCCUCAUUGGGAGGUUCUGCGGCCACAAACUUCCGCAACCUGUUGAAAGCUCCACCAACUGGCUCUUCGUCAAGUUCGUGUCCGACUCGUCUGUCGUUAAAUCAGGAUUUGCUGCUCAUUUCACAAAAGAAGUCGAUGAGUGCGCCACAAACGACCACGGCUGCGAGCAGAUCUGCAUCAACACACUCGGCAGCUACCACUGCGACUGCAAGCUUGGCUACGAACUGCAUUCUGACGGCAGAAGCUGCGAACAGGCCUGCGGGGGAAUACUCCGAACCCACAGUGGCUCCAUCUCCAGCCCCUCCCAUCCCCAUUUCUACCCCAACAACAAGACCUGCGAGUGGGAAAUCAUAGCCCACAGUGGAUUCCAAAUUGUUCUCUUCUUUGACAAAUUUGACUUGGAAGGCAAUAACUGCUGUAUGAUGCGUGACCUUCAGGAAGAUUGCGAGUACGACUCGUUGGUGGUGAAGAGUUGGAACGCCACCAACACAGCCACCCACGGACCGUUCUGCGGCACGACUGCCCCACGCAACAUCACCUCCAUCGCCCACAUGAUGAGGGUCGUCUUCAAAACUGAUGGCACUGUCCAAAAAACUGGCUUCUUGGCUAGAUUCGAAACAGACAAGGAUGAAUGUGCGAUAAGCAAUGGCCACUGCCAGCAGAUCUGCAUCAACAUCAUCGGCAGUUAUAAAUGCCAGUGCAAGCCAGGAUUUGUUUUACACGAGAACGAAAUGGACUGCAAAGAAAGUGAUUGCAAGCAUGAAUUAAGUGGGCGGGACAACUUCAUAAAAAGUCCAAACUAUCCGGAUUAUUAUCCACAGUUAGCCGAUUGCACCUGGCUGUUUAGAUGUUUAGAAGGCCAUCGAAUCAAAAUUAACUUUUUGGACUGCGACAUUGAAUACCAUGCCGAUUGCAACAACGACUAUGUGGACUUGUUCGACGGCUGGAACACGACAGCUCCGAGGAUAACAAGGUUCUGUGGCGGGCGACCACCAAACCCAAUCGAAGCUUCGGGCAACGUCAUGUUCAUGCGAUUCGUCUCUGAUAAGUCUGUCUUUAAGAAAGGUUUCCACGCCAAUCAGGAAACAGUUUGUGGUGGAACAUUUGAAGCCACAAAGAAAGCGCAGAACUUAUACUCGCACGCAAAGUACAGCGGGUCUAAUUACGAAGCCAUGACCAGGUGCCAGUGGCAAAUAGUAGCUGAGAAGCAUCACAGGAUCAGAUUGAAGUUUCUAACAUUUCAGUUGGAAGAAGAACUUGUUUGCAAGUACGACAACGUUGAGAUAUAUGACGUUGAUCAUGAGGGCACCGAACAACUGAUCGACACCUCGUGUGGAUCCAGGAUCCCGCCAGUGAUUAUAUCUCAUUACAACGAACUUUUGAUAAAACUCUUCACCGACGACGCAAUUGAUGGCAAGGGCUUCCACGCCACGUACGAGCAGAUACCUCACAACCCGCUGCACAAGUCCACCUGGCAGAAGAACAUCGCCAGGAGCAGGCGCGCUCGAAGGAACCAGGCUAGGAAGAACAGACAGCAGCAGAGACGCAAGAAUCUUUCCAACGCCAUCCACUGAUUGUACCCUCGAUUUCUCCUCAAAGACUUCUAACUUUUCAAUGUUUUGUAAUAAUUUAUUCAAUGUACGAGCUGAUAUUUCAGUGCUCAUUUAUUAUUUAUAAUCUAUUAUCAUCCUAAUUAUCAUAAUUUAUGAGCUACUGGACUGAUAUUUAUUGCAUACGAAUGUCUUUUAUGUUGUUGUCGUUGUUGUUCCUUCUUUUAAAGACUGUUCUUCAGUGGUAAAUUCAAUAAAAAAGUUAUACAAAAUAAAUAAAAAAAUGAUAAAUUAUAUAUACAUUAUAUAUACAUAAAUUUUACAUGAUAUAUAUACAUUCAUUUAUACCGAGACUAACAAUGUUGGAUAUUCUAUCGCGAACAUGAUUUCAAAUGCCAAUGAGCUAGCCGGUUUAUAAAAUAUUUUGGUUAAUUAACUUUCGCACACAAUUCGUUUCAAGCAAAUGCUUAAUCACAAUUUAAACGUUCAUAAAAUAUUCUUAGUAGACAAUUAUGAAACUUAGACUACCAAAACAAGUAAUUGAAAAUAUAAAAGUUGCAUGUUACAGUCGUUAUAGAAGAAUGGAAGAGAAAAAAAGCACUUCAAAUCUCGGAAUAUCACAAUUAAGGCAACAUGAUAGAAAUUCAGAUUCAGAAAUAUCAAAAUAAUAAAUAAACACUGCAUUCGGAUCAGACUCAUACGCUAUACAAAUUAUUUGAAGAAGAAGUUUGGGUUGCUGGGUGAGGAGAAGCAGUAAUAUUUCCUUUUCUCGAUUUCGUUUUCCAAAGCUUGAAUUUUGUUCUUCGUAAUGUUAACUUCUUCAUGUGUUCUUCUGAGCUCCUCUUUUAGGCAGGCCAACUUCUUUUCAUUUUCUUGCUCUCGGCUCUUCUUUGUGUCCCGCGAUCGCUUUGCUGCUUCGUUGUUCUUUGCCCUCUUGGCCUUGUACCUCUCGUCCUUCAACUCUUCUGGCACGGGUUUCUUUUCACCGCGGUUUCGUUUCUCGAAAGAGGUCUCCUGUACAUCCAGAAGAACGUUGUUGUUGCUGUUGCAGUUGUUGUUAUUGUUGUUGUUGUUGUUACAGUUGUUGUUGGCGCAGCUGUUGUCGUUGUAGAUGUUGUUGAUGAUUGUUGUCGGUGCCGGAAUGUAGGUAAGGUAGAACUGGUUGUUGGGGUGGGAGCCGUUGUUGUAGUCCUGGUAGAAAGGUGGGGGUAUGGUGUGCAGAUCCUGGUACGUGGGGGCCAUGCUGUUCACGAAGGGGUUCAUCAGCUGAUUGGACGGUUCAAGUGUUGUGAAAUGUUUUUCGUGGUUUGCCUCAUACGACGGGACCAUCUUGCGAUUCCAGACAUUCUGAUCUGGAAAUUUAUUCCGACUCAACAUGUCUUCAAGUCAAAUCCAAUUUAUCCUUACUGUAUGUUAUAUCCGAGAUGGGAAACAACGUUUAAAUAUUAAAAUAUCCAAUACUUUGGAAUGGUGAAAUAAUUUUUAAUAAAAUUCUCAAAUCUUCUUCAAAUGUUUACAGAAAAAGGCAAUACAUACAUACAUACAUAGAAUCACAUUGUACACAACCAAACAUUUCCUCA